AUGGCUGCCUUUUCCAACCUGACCAUAUUUUUCCUGGUAACCUCCAUUGUGGCACAUACUGUUUUUUCAGAAGUCUUCAAGCCAAAAAAUAUAGCUAAAUGGCCUAAGCCCCCAUGUAAAAUGUACUACCCACAGGGUCCUUUUUAUGAUUCAAAAUGUCCGAAUAUAACGUCAUACGUCUGUGCUACAAACGGCCACACUUACCAGAAUGAGUGUUUCUUUUGUGUCGAUCAGUGGUAA